AUGGUGGCGUACAUGCCGACGACAGCGGCCGACGUGGAGGCGGCGGAGGGCCUCAGAGAUGCCCAGAAGGUGGUGGUGGUGGAGAAGCGCUCGUACACGGCCUGGAUGUGGAGGCUGUCGGCGGGCCUCCUGGUAGCGGCGCUUUGCUUGGGCACGGUGCUGCUGCUGGCUUGGUACUGGCACGGCCGAACCGACGCCAUGGCGCCUUCGGUGGGUCCCACGCAAGCUCUGGUGGGCGACGAGGAGAAGUCCGAUCCGCAUAAUACGUUGAAGAAGAUUAGCAGUAAAGCUAAGGCGGCUAUUCAUCUUGAAGGCAUUUACGAGGAAGGCAAAAAGGAGCUGCAGUGGCGCAACGGGCAAGGUCACGCCUUCGCGCAAGGCGGCCUCAACCUGCAGAACAACGAGAUCGUGGUGCCGCACACCGGCCUCUACUUCGUCUACAGCCAGGCGUCCUUCCGCGUCACCUGCGACGAGAGCCAAGGGGAGACGGGGGGCAAACGGCCCAUGCACCUCAGCCACAGCGUGUGGCGCUACUCCGACUCUGUGGGAGGGAAAUUCUCGCUUUUGAGCGCCGUGCGCUCGGCGUGCCAGCAGGGCGGCAAGGACGGGGAAGCUCGAACGGAGCAGGGCUGGUACAACGUCUUGUACUUGGGAGCAGUCUUCCAGCUCAACAAGGACGACCGGCUGUCCACCGAGACCAAACGGCUGUCCGAGCUGGAGACGGAAGGCGCCAAGACAUUUUUUGGCGUCUUUGCCCUCUGA